AUGCACUUGCUAUAUAAGCAUGGACACCGUAUUUUAAAUCACCAGAAUCCAUUUAAAAGCCAGAAUAAAAAUUUUGAGGAUUUGUCUACCACUAAAGAGUCAGUCCAAGAAGAGAUUGUAAACAAGCACAACCAACUGAGAAGAAUGGUUUCUCCACCUGGUAGUGACUUACUAAAGAUGCAAUGGAGCAAUGAUGCCAGAGUGAAUGCACAGAGAUGGGCAAGCCAGUGCACUUAUGAACAUAGUUCUCCAGAUGUCAGGACCACCAAUAUAAGAUGUGGUGAGAAUAUCUUCAGAGCAAAUUACCCAGCUUCAUGGUCUCAUGUAAUCCAAACCUGGUAUGAUGAAGUCAAUGAUUUCAAGUUUGCCUCAGACCCAAAUCCAAUUGAUGCAUCAGUUGGACAUUAUACUCAGCAAAUGGUUGUGAACAUGAAGACAGAUUUUCUAACUGUGCAGAAGUGA